CUGACGUAAGAUUGGGGUCAACCAAUAACUAACUAGAAUUUCUAUCACGUGACCUCUAAUGUAAGUGUGUUGUGUUUUGCAAACCAGCUAGACAGUGUAUUUGGUUAAAAACAGAAUUGUUGUGUUGUAUUUUAAUCUUUUAUUUUUUUUGCUCAAACUGAAUUAUACCAAUCUUUUAAACCAAUAAAUUGUAGUGAAAUCAAGGUAAUUUACUCAGAAUAAUUUUCGCAAGUCAUUUUGCUUAUAUCGUCAAUUAAUUCUCAGAGAAAGUUAAUAUGGAAUCAACGUCCAAUCAAACUGCGCCGAAAUUAUGUGUAAUGGGUUGUGGCUUUUACGGCUCGUCCACGAUGGAGGGAAUGUGUUCUAGAUGUUACAAAGAUCUUAGCAAGCAGCCUCAGGCCAGUAAAGAGUCUUCGGUUGGACAAGACGCUUCAGACUUAGUUGAAAAGCUGACUGUAUCGCCCAAAGAACCAGAGUGUGCAGAAGAGGUCGAGGAGUCAAUGACAGUUGAAAAGAAAGAAGACACGAAAAAAAAACGUAGUAACCGCUGUAAAGAAUGUAGAAAGAAAGUAGGGCUAACUGGAUUUAGCUGCAGAUGCGGUGGUCUAUACUGCAGUUUACACCGUUACUCGAAUGAACACGCCUGCACAUAUGAUUAUAAAGAAUCAGGUGCUGAAGAAAUCCGAAAAGCUAAUCCGGUUGUCGAAGCCAAGAAAAUAAUAAAAAUUUGA